GAAGGACCUGGGCUUGGGCUUUCACUGCCAAUCCUCUCUAAGGCGGCAGGCCAUGGGCUUAACAGCUUCCCAUCUUCAAGCGGCCGAGCAUUCAACGAGUUCGAGUAGGCAGCCGGUUGGGAGAUCGUCUCUGAGUUUUCUAGUUCUACCUGGAAGGAGGAACUCACUGUAAUGCCAUAGUGAUGGCGAGGAAUUGGAGAAUCGCUAGAGAUGGAAGAACGCUGCUCUUUCUUGUGCUGCUGUGGCCGUUGAGUUGUCUUGCUUACAGGCCAGGUGACCUCGUUCCCAUGAGCAGGAUGGGUCAAUAUCACUCUAUGAGAACUGUGUGGCAUGACAUGAUAGGUCGCCAUUGCCCCAUCUUCGCCGUAAACCGUGAGGUUUUGAUUCCUAUACCAAUGCCAACUGGUUAUACUGGCGCCGAUCCCUAUAAAAUAUCAUUUCAAGUGGGAAGAGAAAAAUUUCUCAUACCAUGGCUUCUUGUGAUAAAUCGGAAGAGUCCUGAGGUUCCAAUGAUUGAUGUGCAUUUGAGGUAUUCGGGAAGCGAUUUACAUGGUGUCACUGCAAAAGUUGUAGAUAUGCCUCACCACUAUAUAGAAAUUCAUCCGGACAUUCGUAAACAAUUUUGGGAUCCGCAACAUUGGCCUAAGCAUGUGCUUGUCAGAUACUCAUGGGAAGAGCAAUCAGAGAUAGAUGUAACUUCUGGAUUCUAUGUUCUGUUUGGAUCAGGGCUGAUGCUAUCUUUUAUUCUCUCAGUCUAUGUCUUGCAAUCAUCUCGGGACAAACUAGCAAGGUUUGUGAAGGAGACUGUUGCAGAAAGCAGCAUGCCUCCUGGAGGAGUAGCAAAAGUUGAAUGAUUUCUGUGUUUGGAAAUGAUUUUGUCCUAUGGAGAAAUUAGUGAGGUUAUAUAGGAAGGGGGAUAUUCUCUGGCAUGCUAGCUGUUUACCUGUCAGGAUUUCGGUUUCUCGGGAGGACCAUCAUCAUCAUCAUCAUCUUUGUCAGUUAACAUGAUCAUUAAUUGAGAAGUAGCAUGAUCAUUAAUCGAGAAGCCAGUUUGGAUUGAAUUGAACCAUUCCUGCCAGAGGUUGCCUUCAGAGAAUGAGUUAAAAAUUUUUAAGACAUUUCCUGGUUGUAAAAUGGAAGAUUAAUUGUAUGGGAUUCUGUGUCAGAUAUUCGCAGGAGAUAUAUAUACAAGCACAAAGACACAUGAAGCAGUGUUCAUGGCUAUGGGGUUUAAAUGCCAUGCAUCAAAAUGAGUUUGUUUUGCACUUUCUUGAACUUUCAACUGGGAAAUGUAUUCAAAGCAAAUCUUUAAACUGCAUUUUUCUGAACCGAAUAAACUAUUAAACCCCAUUUUCUCUCA